UAUGACUGCGAAAAACUAACGUAUAAUACUUUGGCAAUCCCAAAGUGUGGGCAUACAGUCCCAUUUAAACACAUUACAGGAUAUGGAUAAUCGUUGAUGGCGUAUACUUAUGCCUGGGAUAAUAUCCGAACCUUAAUCAAGUUCGCUACGCUAGAAAUGGCAAGUUGGAUGGUAUAUAUUUAUUCCCUGAAGAAAUUCAUUAUUGGAGUAAAACCAUGGUGUUUAGGAUAUUUAGACUGGAUUGGAACCUGAUUACGUGUGUUUACGGAGUGUGAACUGAAGAUUACCCAACGUGACUUCAUCUGACAAAUAAGAUGCAUGAAGACACAAGUUAUGAUGGCCAGGAACUUGCAUUUGAUGCAGAAGAUGAAGGUCCAGACUAUAGAAGAGUUGGGCUCCACAUUGGAGAAGACUUACAUGAUGAUGACUUGGAUGCCCUCAAGUUCAUCAGUCGAGAUUAUGUGGCAGGAGGAAAACUAGACCGAAUAACCACUGCUACAGAGUUGCUCACACAAUGGGAAAAAGUGGGGAAAUUUGGAAAAGAUAAUCCUUGGUAUCUUGCAGAAUGCUUGUUAAAAAUUCAGCGCAUUGAUCUACUUGAGGAAGAACUUGGAUUUGAUGAAAGUGUAAUUGAUAAAAGACUGGAACAAGGUCAGUCUCAAAUAUCACAAUACAGGAACAUGUUAUUAGAAGUGGCAGAAGAUCUUGAUUCGGAAGAGCUGCAGAAGAUGAUGUAUUUGAUUGGAGACAUGAAGAAAAAGGACAAAGGGAAAAUUGUUAAUCCAAUGUCUUUGAUAACAUAUCUGGAGCAAACAAAACAAAUAACUCAAGACAAUCUUCAUAAACUCAAACAACUUUUGGGGACAAUUGAUCGAAAUGAUCUCCAAGAGGUUAUCAGUAAAUUUGAAGGUACAAAAGGUUUGCCUAACUCUGCAGCUAAUGUCGAAGAAGGCAUGGAUACAUCAGAACCUUAUGUUCCACCACAGCAUCUUGCACAGCCAUCACAGCUGCCACCAAACACAAAAAACAGCCGCUCCACUGUUGCAGAGAGGCCACCUGCUGUAGUGAAUAGGAUACCUGCUACAGAAAAUGAACAGUUGAGGGGGGUAGGGCACGAAACCCGGGGGGUCACAGUAACACUGCCUGGAUCAUCAGUGGGAGCUGCAGCAGCAGCAGCAACAGCAAAAUAUCCUCUUGCAACAAGCACACAACAAGUUUUCUCCCAAGAUCAGUUGCAGGACAUUGUUCACCAACUAGCCCAUGAAUUUAAACAAGAGAGCUGGAUGGUGUUUGGAUAUCAGCUAGGUGUGGGUCCUGAUAUUGUACACCAGCUGUCUCAGGUCUACCCUGACAUGACACAGCGCAUCCAUCACUUGCUAACAUUAUGGCUACAGAAGUGGCAAGGAGGCUGCGAUGCUGCUAUGGAGGCCAUCAUCCAGGCUCUGCAUGAAGUACAGAUCCACAAUCUGGCUGACCAGUUCUCCAGAAUAUACAGUCCACCAGAAGAGGGAUUUCAGGAUAUCAGCCUGGCAUCAAGACCACAGAGAACAUCUCUACACAAUCAUGCCAACAUUUCCGUAAAUACAUCUGAGGCAAGAUACCGAGAACCAGAGCAAGAUCCACCCCAACCAGCAGCCCCACCGGCUGUAGCUAGUUCAAGUCAUACACAAGAAGCACCAGAUAGAAUUAUGCCAUUCUAUAGAAUGGACCGCAAACCCAGAGGUAUAUGCAUCAUCAUCAACAAUGAGGUUUUCCACAAAGACCCCGAGGACAGAGGAGCGAGAGAAAUGCCUAACAGAGAGGGGACACAUGUGGAUGCAACAAAUCUUCUGAAAACAUUCACGGAGCUCUAUUUCGAUGUCCGCCAAUAUGACAACAUGAAAAGUACAGACAUGGUCCGUGUGUUGGUCAAUAUGGCACUGAAUGUUGAUCAUAAAGAAUAUGACUGUUUUGCGUGUUGCAUCCUGUCUCAUGGUGCCCAGGGGCACAUAUAUGGCACUGAUGGGAGGCUUGUGAGCAUCACAGACAUGACCGGGCCUUUCAAAUCUGUUGUGUGCCCAUCAUUAGCUGGAAAACCCAAACUAUUCUUUAUUCAAGCCUGUCAAGGCAGAGAAAAACAAGAAGGUCAAGAGAUUCAGAGAGACAGUGCUGAAGUAGAGGAAGAUGGGAUCCCAAGGGAGGUAAUCCCCAAUGAAGCCGACUUCCUGAUUGGCUACGCUACUGUGCCUGGCUUUGUAUCAUACAGGAGUCGCAGCCAUGGAUCCUGGUACAUCACCAAACUCGCCGAAAUGCUUAACAAGUAUGGUACAAAAUAUGAUAUCCUGAGUGUGUUGUUAUUAGUGAACAAUGAGGUUGGAAGAGCCAAUGCCAUGAUGGACGGGGGGCGGUACAAGCAGUCACCAGCACCACUCUACACCUUGAGGAAGAAAGUAUUGUUCAAAUGAACAAUUGGUGUGCUGUGGGCAACAAACAGAGAUAUCUGCACAGUUUUUCAGGCAGACAAGUACCAAAUGACGGUAUUUGAUCCAAGAGUUGGCACCUCUGUCAGAGUGAACAUUAAGA